GCCCGCCCGCUACGCCGCCGCCAUGUCGGCGCAGGCCCAGAUGCGCGCGAUGCUGGACCAGCUGAUGGGCACCUCCCGGGACGGAGAUACUACUCGUCAACGAAUCAAAUUCAGUGAUGACAGAGUAUGCAAGAGUCACCUUCUCAACUGUUGCCCCCAUGAUGUCCUCUCUGGAACUAGAAUGGAUCUUGGAGAAUGUCUGAAAGUCCAUGACCUGGCUUUAAGAGCAGAUUAUGAAAUUGCAUCCAAAGAACAAGAUUUUUUCUUCGAACUUGAUGCUAUGGAUCACCUGCAGUCAUUCAUUGCUGAUUGUGAUCGAAGAACAGAAGUGGCUAAGAAAAGAUUAGCAGAAACUCAAGAAGAGAUUAGUGCUGAAGUGGCCGCGAAGGCAGAACGUGUUCAUGAAUUAAAUGAAGAAAUUGGCAAAUUGUUGGCCAAAGUGGAACAACUAGGAGCUGAAGGGAAUGUGGAAGAAUCGCAGAAAGUAAUGGAUGAAGUAGAGAAAGCACGGGCAAAGAAAAGAGAAGCAGAGGAAGUUUAUCGGAAUUCAAUGCCAGCUUCCAGUUUUCAACAGCAGAAGCUUCGAGUUUGUGAAGUCUGCUCUGCCUAUUUAGGUCUUCAUGAUAAUGAUAGACGAUUGGCUGAUCAUUUUGGGGGUAAACUGCACCUUGGAUUUAUUGAAAUAAGAGAGAAGCUUGAAGAAUUAAAGAGAGUUGUGGCUGAAAAGCAGGAGAAAAGAAACCAGGAACGCCUGAAGCGAAGAGAAGAAAGGGAAAGAGAAGAAAGAGAGAAGCUGAGGAGGUCUCGAUCACAUAGCAAGAAUCCUAAAAGAUCCAGGUCCAGAGAGCAUCGCCGACAUCGGUCUCGCUCCAUGUCACGGGAACGUAAGAGGAGAACUCGAUCCAAAUCUCGGGAGAAACGCCAUCGCCACAGAUCCCGUUCCAGCAGCCGCAGCCGCAGCCGUAGCCACCAGAGAAGUGGGCACAGUUCUAGAGACAGGAGCAGAGAACGAUCCAGGAGGAGGUACUGAGGUGUCCAUAAGAGGACACGGAACUACCCUUACGGUUUAGAGUUGGAAUACUAUUGGUUUGAAACUUGCAUCUGGUAAUUUGUACACAUUUUUGUGUGUGGGUAUAUACCGUUUUUCUCUAUGUGGGUAGUUUAGAAAGAAUAUGAGCCAGAGUAAGAAAUUGGAACCAAUUGUGUAGGGGUUUUUGCUUUUCUCACUAGUGUGUCUUGGAAAAAAGUAUUUUAUGGGCAAAUAAUUUUAGGUACCGUUAUUCAGGGUUGUCCAUCCCGUCCCCACCUCGCCCCCAGUGUGUAUUGGCAAAUAAGGGGCUCUGAGAAGUACUCUCAUUAAAAGAAUUGUUUAACUUUGACUUGCUGUUUUCCAAACUUCUUUGAGCUGGUAUACUUUUUUGAAGCAGACACAUUCUAGUAUAUUUUUUAUUAAUCUAAAUUGUAUAGGAAUGCAUUGUUAUAUACAGAUAGCUUUGCAGGGCAGAUUCAGAAUCUUAAAGGAAAUUAUACUUCCCUGGCAUGAAAACUCAAAAGGUGCAAGGAGGGCAGACCCAGAAUUGGUAUGUUUAAGGACUUAAUCUAUUGAGGACAAAGAAUUAGAAUGUGGUGGAGCUUAGCAGUCACUAUAUAUGUAUAUAGAGAUAUAUAGGCCUACCAACUUCCAAAAUUUCUCAGGUCACAUGAUGACUCUUUAGCCAGGUAAUUUUUAUGGAACAUAAACCGUACUUAAAAUUUCUUUUUUCUUCAUAAAUAUCCUUAAGCAUACAGAUGAUCAGCAUUUUUUUGAGUGCCUGACCUACUAGUCUUAAAUUUUCUAUGGGUUACUCCACAUAAGCCCAGAUAGAAUCCAUAGAGAGCUGUUUAAAAUCUUUAUAUAUUUUUAGAUCCUCAACCUAGCCAUUCCCUGAAACUACUCACAAGCUGAGUUGGUCAGUAGACUCUUGAUGAAUAUUUUAUUUAUUUCUUCUGUCCUUGCCUUGUUCAAAAUUGUUUUUUGUUUUUUUAAGGGUUUCCCCUCCCUUGUUUUGUUGUGGUAUAGUUGACAAAACUCUUAAGAUAAGUAAGUGUGAAUGCUGGUGAUUAGAUUUACAUGUAUAUUGUAAAAGGAUACCCGCCAUCUAAUUAAAACAUCUAUCACCUCAUUUAUUUUUGAUGCAAGCAUUUAAAUUCCACUCUUAGCAAACCAAGUAUUAUUACUAAGAUGAUUUUAAUUAGAAUUGUAUACUGUCUACAGUACUAGGCUUAGUAAAAAAAUAACAAAAUAUUGAACAACUUUAUGUGAAUCAGAACACAGGGCUAACAUCUUUGAUAAUAAACAGAUCCAUGUAACACCACAUUUUAAAAAGUGCAGGAAGUUGCAUAUAGUAAAUAAUUUAGGCAUUUAGAUGAGGGAAAUAGAAUAAAAGAUGGUUCCAGGUAGCAGAUAAAAUUUGAAUAAAGUCGGUAUAUAUUUAAGUAGGUGAAACUCGGUAGGAAAAAGAUGUUCCAGGUAGUGAAUAUCAGGAAAAUACAGAGACUGGAGCAGGAAAUUCAUAGGGGUCAGAGUUCUUCACAAUGUGGUUUGUAGGAUGCUUAUCUCAAUACAGUCUUUACUCUGUGGGCACAUAGUGCAGUGCCCAGAAAAAUGCAUUUUAGUAAAUUCUCCAUGAAGUAUAACCUGCACUCUGAAUUUUGAGAAUCAUCAUGCUGGCUGAUCAAAGAUGUAGAUAGUAUCUCUUGUUGACCUGCUCACCUGUUGUGCUUUCUGGUGUCUGUGAACUCAGAUAAGUCUGUAUUGGUGAUAAGGAUUGAAGGGUUGGACAUAAAGUCUCAUCUGAGAUUGUGGUAACCUAGUCCCUGACAUGUCCUGCAUUUAUUAAGCUGUAUAGGAAUUUUUUUUCCAGAAAAUUGCAUUUUAUACUUUCUUCCAAAGCAGCAUUCUUUGUUUUUACUAAAAAUUAGCAGACAGUUGCAAUUAAUCCUACAUGUCAUUAUACACAACUUAAAGUUUAAUUUUUAAGGUGAAAACCCUAUUUUAAAAAGUCUUUUAUGAUUUGCUGUUCUUCUGCCUCAACUGAAAUACUGGUUUCUGGUAUAAGUAUAUUCUUUUUGUAAUCCUUCCCUUUGGUCAAUGAGGACCUUUUGCAGUUUUCUAUUUCCUACCUGUUCCAAAACAUUUUUUCAGAUUUAAACUAUUUGGGUUCAGUGGCCUUCUCCAAAUAUUUUAAUUAUUUCACUUACUUUGCCCAUCUACUAAGUAGAGAUAGUGAGAGCACCUACUUCAUCAGGAUUACUGAUAAUUUGAGUAAAGUAGUAAAUGGAGCAUUGUGUACAGGGCAUUAUAAUCUCUCACAAAACAUUAGUUAAUACUCAUCUCAUAGUUGUUUUCCAGUUAGUAUUGCUGACCAUUGGGCCUUACCAGCAAUUUGUGUUUUUAUUCUUCGGCAUUAUUUCUCUUUUCUCUUACUCCAUUCUUAUGACUAUGGAUAAGAACUAGUGUAAUCAGGUAUGCACUGUGUAAUUUUUUUUUUUUUACACCUUUUAAAAAUGAAGCUUGUUAAAACCUUUAUUAAGUAAAAUGUUUCGAUUUUUCAACUUUUUGUUUAACCCUCUUUUAAAUAUAUUCCUAAAACUGAAUACAGUAGUAUUUAUUUCUGUUUAGAGGUUGAAAGCAUUACUUAUUCAGGUUCUUGGAAGUUGCCUCAGAGUCUACUUCUGAACGCAGGUUAAGUGAGUUAAUUGUGUAAAAGUGCUGUGUUACCUGUAAAGAAUCAAAUAAAUGUAAUAUACUACUGCUUCAUUCUAGAUGUUUUAAGUGCAGAAGAUUCCAUAUUCUGAUCCCAUAAUGUUCUUUGGUUUUCAGUUGAAUUUCUGGUUUGAGCUUAUUUGUUGUUACCUUUCUUACUGGGUAUGGGAAUGGGGAGGUGGUAUUAAGGAACAGUUAAGGUUAAUCAAGAUUUAUUAUAGUAUGAUCAUCUGUUUCUUUCAUUCUGAUUUUUUUUUUUUUUUUUUUUUUUUGGUUUAAAUGAGCUCAGGAGUAGAGCAGAUUUCUGAAAUAGUUAAGUAGUUAUUUAAAGCCAUAUCAUUUAGCAUAGUUUGCUUAACUCCACUAAAUUUGACAAACUAUUGUCUGCAGGCCAGAUCUACAGGCCUUUUUAGUAUAGCCAGGGAGCUGUGGAUGGUUUUUGCAUUGUUGAUGGGUUGAUAAAAAGAACAGACCCAAGAGAUUGUAUCUUGACCUGCUGCACCCAAGAUAUUUACUGUCUGGCUAUUGAUUUCCAUCCAAUUUGGAAUUUGCAUUUUAUAUAUAUUUUUUAAUUUGAUAAUACCUUUGACUUUUUUAAGGCAUUGUCUGUUAUUUUUUUACAAUUAAAUACAUUCACUUUGAAUUGGGAAAGCGUUCUGAUCACCUCUGAGAUGACAGUAUCCUAUAAAUUAUUUUAGCUCAUGAUUUUUUGACCUUAGCUAUUUGUUUUUACACACCUCCUUGGUUUAAUGCCCUUAUUAAAUAUGGUCGUACUUUUUUUUUUUGUCAGAAAACUGACUUUCUUGGAUGUAUUCUGUAUAUCUGCAGCUAUCAAUAUCUUAAUAUUUAUCCAAUUCUUUCAUUUGGGUUUUUGGGUUUCCCAACACAUUUUGCUCCUCAAAUUAAUAUU